UUCUCUUUUCUUUAAGAAAUAAAAAUGUUUAAUUUGUCUGAGUAGUCCAACGACUAUUCCUCGCUUGUUACAAUUUAAUUUGAACCUGCGGCUAGCCGAUUACUCGAGUCAAGGCAACGAGGUAUAUCUCGCGAGAGGGACGGGGCGCUUCUCUAACAUUUUUCGCCUCGUGAAUAUUCAAAUUUCAAAUUGCUCCGCUAAUAAAUUAAUACGGCCGAGUUGCUGGCCCUCGAGUUUCAUAAUAAAUUGGACCUUAUUUUCGUUACUGUAACGCGAACGAUCCGUCGUGGAGGCCAAACCCAAUAAACUCUAUUCCGUACGGGAAUAACGAUUAUUCGACGUCGCUUUCGACAGCCGAAUAAUACCGCUUUCUCUAUCAAUUAGCAUCGUUUCGCAACGAGACCUCCCGUGGUGAUUGAAAUCCCGCGUAAUGGUUUAUCCGGACAGGUAUUCACACUGUUUCCCUAAAUGUUUUCAGGACCUCACAUUUUAGGAAACAAUCGAUAGUAAAAAUUUAGAGAAAUCUCGCAAUCAAUCAAUAAAACAUUAUUCUGUGCGGUGCAAUAUUUAAGUUGAAAAAUGAAUUAACAAUAAUGACAAAUAACUCAGAGAGAGUAAGAGGCAGUUAGUGCAGAAUUGAAAUAUUAUUUAAAGAAUUUCAAGAACAGUCGAUUUCAUUCUUUAUAAAACUUCUCGUAAUGUUUAUAAAUUUUACAAUACACAAAUACAAAUAUUUGACAGAACCUUGUACGAUAAUUAACUGCGAACUUUAGGCUGUUUAUAUGAACAUAAAAAAACAAUCGAUAAAUCAAGGCACCUGUUAAUGACCCGUACCGAUGAAUUUUUAAUCCUUACAGUUGAAUUUACAGUAAAUUCGAUGACGUUAUCUCCGCUCUCUAUUCCCUAAAGAUUUUUGACAUUGUACGAACGGAACUCACUGCUAUAAAAUAUUGUAUACCGUUUGGACAAUUUUCCCUGCCAGAUUACAAAUUAAACCCCUCGUUAUUUCUCGACUGCAUUAUUCAACCGAAAUUUCGCAUCUCGCGUAAUUUGCAAAAUUUCGCAUGCCUCAAGUGGAAACCGCUAUUAUAACAGAUAGCUUGAAGGGGCGAAAUAUAAAACUCGAUCGGAUUCGCUGCGCUUCACUAGUUCAACGAUUAUCCCAACCGCGAUGGGAAACGCUUCAGUAUGAUUCACGCAAUUAUGAAAAUAAAAUGAAUUUCAAUAAAAUAUUGUGAAGCUGUCAUACAUUCGAUUGACUUGCUGCUAUUGAUGAUAAUUACUCGAAUGAAAAAAAUCCUUAAUCUAUCAAGAAAUCCCCGUACCUAGCAAAAAUGUCUGUCAUGAUUUAAUAACAAACAAACAAAAAUUGCAUGAAACAUUUUGUUAAAGAACAUCGAACAUUUCUGUUUUAAACGUAAACUUUAUAACCAGUAUUACUGAAGAUAUAUUUGACAAUUGAACAAUUUUUCAUUCAGUAACGUCGCUACUACCAAUUAAGUUUAAGAGACUACGCGAAAGCUAUAACCGUCGAGAGGAAGCUCGUGGACGGGGGUGUGAAAAUUACAAGCCCUGCAUUAGGUUGCACGUUGGACUCGUACAAAGGCACGUAAUCGAAUUUCACUGACUCGUUUCAUCGCUACCAAUUAGUUAAUCGUCGAAAGCUGGCCAAUUAAAAUUCCGAAUUCUAUCAAAGCUCAUUUGAAAUACUAAAUCAACAAGCAGAAUUAUACAAGCGCAUACUAUUUUAGGUUCCUUUAUAUAUUUUUUAAAUAUAUAUUUUUGUAACACUUACAUGUAUGUAUAUUCAUUUUUCAUUUUAUUUUGCAUAUAUUCAUUGAAAUUGAUAAAUCUAAUCACAGAAUCGUGUGACUUCUUAGCGCGACAUUUUCAUUGUCCUGAUUAAUCUCAUUUAUUUAUCGCCCCUUCUUUUUACGGUAUUUUGAUGAAAUUAUCGUCGAUACGAAAUUGGGUUUCCACGCUGCUUGUCCCUCUCCUUUACGGGGUAAUCGAAUCGAGAAAGAAGGAAAAGUGAUGCUCUCACCUUUGAUGUCGUUUCAUUGCUCGUGAAAUGCGAGUGAGAUAUAUGUAUGCACUUACAUACGUGCUCAGGCACAUUUUUCAAACAGGAUUUAUUUAUGAAAUUUUCCAUUUGAACAUUUCGAUUCGUUCUGUGAACCCAGUAAUACGAUUUGUCAGAUCGGUUCAAGAUAUUCUAUCGCCGUUGCAUAAAGUAUAUUUUAUAUAAUUUCUAAGUAUAUUUCACAUUGUGAUAAAAAUAUUAUAUUCAGAUAGAUUCGUGCUAUCCGGACGAGUAUAUAAAACGUUUCAGUUGUUGUGUACUGAGUUCGAUAGUAUUUCGGAUUAAUUUCGGGGAAGAUGUCAAUUCAAAGAGCGGCGCAUGUUGUACUUGACAGUGAGGCAGAUAAUUUUGUCCGUUUACACGAAACAUGUUCACGAACGCGUAAAUAUACCUAGAUGUUGUAUUUACCGAAGUUCGACACGCGCUUCGUUCUUGAUCGAAUCAUUCUAAACAUAUGCAAUGAAACGUUGCUUGUAGUUAAUUCCGUGAACUACCUCAUGGUACCCGGUAUUUAGAUGUUGCCACAAUAAACUAUUAUAUUCCAUCAAGUAAUCUUUGAUGUUUUAUUUAGAGGCCUCAAAAAUAUAUUCAUAUGAUACCAAAGAUUAAUUAUACGAAAUAUCUUUCGUAUCCCGGGAUAAAAACGUUGUGUUAAAUUAUUCAUUGCCAGUUUUAACUUGAACAAGUAGCUUAAGAAGCUGUUAUUUGUUUCGAAAUUGUUAUACCACUGAACGUUUCAUUUGACUGUCAUGACGUCACUUAGGGAACGAAGAAGGAUUCGAUGAAAUUCUUCGUUACCUCAUCGAAGAUCGCGUUAGGAAUUGAAAGUUUUCGAGGGUGCAAAACGUCGGCGGCGUAAAUAUUUGAAACGAAGUUCGCUGCCAAAUGGUCCUACGUGUUUGACGGAUCGAUAGAGAGUGAAACGGAAGGGAGUAUACGUACUACGUAGAUACCUGCUACGCGUCGCGUCGACGAAAGUGUUCCGUCGGACAUUGUCAUGCGGGUGGCGAUCAGGUGUCGCGAAAAUGGAAAACGGAAAAGGGAAUCAAUUGCGUCAAACUCGUCAGGUUCAUGAAGUUCCUUGACAAAUUACCCCUCUAGCAAUUGAAUUUUUAUCACGGCGUUAGUUCCUCACGUUUCUAAUAUUCACGUGCCCGAAUUCAAUUAUUAAAUAAGCUUCUACUAAAAGUAUUUUAAAAAAUUUAAUCAAUUCUGCCAAUUUUUAUUUAAACGCGUCAAACCGUUAUGUUUAUUCAGAGAUUCUCCUUUCUCUCCUCUGGGAAUUAAAUUACAACCAUGGUGGGUGAUCGACUUGAGAAAACAAAAGAAUCAACGGAACGGUUCCAAAGAAAAAGUCUCCGAGAUUGGCAGGAAGAGUCUCAUUAGGAGAUUGAUCAAAUUAAGGUAAAGAUUAAACCGAAGCCAGAAUGGACCCCCUGAGUGAUUCGCGAUAAAAUUGAACGUAUGACAAAAUCAACUGAAGUACUUCGUCGAAAAAGGUUCGGCGAAUUGAAACUGAAUAUUAAAGAUUAAAUCGAAUUCCUAAAUGAUCCGCGACAAGAUUAAAUUUGUGACAAAUUAAAAAUUAAGAAGUUCGUCGUGAAGGAUUCAACAGGAAGCAAAUUGAGAAUGAACAGAUCGUCGAUUACAUUCACGUUUCGGAUGAUUUGAAAUUCUAGCAAAGGCGAUCAGGGAUCAGAUAGCAAGUAGCAGACAGGCGAAACUAUUCUGAGAUCAUCCGUCUUGAGCGAUGGUCGUCUCGUCGACGGCGACGAUCGAUCGCGAUCCUUACGAGGCCGUGAUCGGCACCUGCAUCGAGGAUCCCCUACUGUUAGCAAACGACAGUGGCACCCUUUGCGAUGGUACGUUCAACGACACCGAACUACAGGUGAACGGGACACGUGUCGACGUCGAUGUCGACGGUUUGAACAACUGGUGGGCUAUGUUGGCCCUGGUCCUGGUCCUGGGCACGGCAGCAGGGAAUAUUUUAGUGUGUUUGGCCAUCGCCAAGGAGAGGAGACUCCAGAACGUUACCAAUUACUUCUUGAUGAGCCUGGCCAUCACCGAUCUCAUGGUCGCCGUCCUCGUCAUGCCUCUUGGCAUACUCACGCUUGUCAGAGGAUAUUUCCCCCUGCCGUCGGUUUACUGCCUCGUGUGGGUCUGCCUGGAUGUAUUAUUCUGCACGGCCAGUAUCAUGCAUCUGUGCACCAUAAGCGUGGACCGUUACCUGAGCCUACGUUACCCGAUGAAAUUCGGCCGUAACAAAACUAGGAGGCGGGUCACGUUGAAAAUACUUUUCGUUUGGAUCCUGAGCAUCGCGAUGAGCUUGCCACUCAGUCUGAUGUACUCCAAGGAGGACGACUCGGUGUUGGUGGACGGUGCUUGUCAGAUACCAGAUCCGCUGUACAAGUUGAUCGGCAGCAUAAUCUGCUUUUACAUACCGCUGGGUGUGAUGCUGCUUACGUACGCGUUGACGGUGCGACUGCUGGCAGAGCAGCAGCAGAAUAUCGGAGGAGCCACAGCAGGUUGGUCCUCCGGAUGGCUGGGUGGCCCGCAGGGCCCACCACCCGGAGGGUUGGAUAGGCGAGGCACGUGGAAGCGGUUUCUGCUGAGCAAAAGCUCGGCCGGAAGCGGCGGCACGCCGCAGCACACUUCCGGUACUUCCACAGAUACAGAGCUGACGACCUUGGACACCCACGAGCUCUGGCUUCCGGAGAGCGAACCGCCACCAUCGGCCAUGUCCGCGCUUCACGCCUUUGGCGCCGAGAUGCUUAAAUUGUCCAGGGGCCUCGAGGGGAUCGCGAGUCCUGGAAGCCCCACGCCCACCGGGACGCCGAGAUCCACGCCGCAACACUCGGUCCAGCAUCAUCAGCAACAGUGCAGUUCUCGCCACGGAAGCGGAGAGAGCGGAGGUAGCAGUGCUUCCGGUUCGAGGACGAGCCUGUCGAUUCAGGAGGACCUGAGUUCGCCGACGCCGUGGAAGCAUCGGCGACGAGCGUCGACGUUCAACGAGGCUCACCUGGAGCGAGCGGAAUCGAACUCGCCGAAGACUCCUAGGAAACGAUCGUUCAGCUUCCACGAGCAACCGGUGUUCGAUCGUCACUGCGGUAAGAAUUCAUCGAACGAGGAGAGGAAGAGCGAGAAACGGGAGAGCGAGAUUGCUCCGCAGUCUCCACCGCCUUGUACCUGCCCUCACUUCGGCGAGUCCUCAAAGAGACCGCAACCCGAGACGCCGAUAGUCACUAGCGAUGCGAAACCGGGAAAGAACGUCGAAGCGUUUGCGGGGAGAAGCAGAAUAGAGGCUAGCAGAAGUUAUGAACUGAACUCCAUUGUCACUUGGAGAGGAGGGAGGAGAGGAUCCAGUUUAGGAUGCACGAGGACCUCGUUGUUACCAUCGAGGCAAGUACCCUUCAGGAGAGCAGCGACCAUGCGGGCGCACAACGGUGCAGCGAGCAUCAGCUCGAAACAGAGCAGCAAUUCGUCAUCGCCCUGCCCUUACAGAUAUUCCGGUGGUCAGGUACGCACUCAUCAUUCUCGAACAAGCAGCGUGAUCUCACGCAACAGUUCACGCCACGGAAGAAUAAUCAGGCUCGAACAGAAAGCCACGAAAGUAUUAGGAGUGGUCUUCUUUACGUUCGUCAUCUUAUGGGCGCCGUUUUUCAUACUGAACCUGGUACCAGCCGUGUGUCCCGAUUGUGAGAAACGGAUCGACAAGAAGAUAUUUGAUAUCGCAACUUGGCUGGGUUACGCCAGCUCGAUGGUGAACCCGAUAUUCUAUACGAUCUUCAACAAGGUCUUCCGGCAGGCUUUCAAGAAGGUGUUACUCUGCAAGUACGGGAAUCAGUCGUGGAGGCCGUCCAGGUAGGCCUUCGGCCCCGGGAAACCGGGGAUAGCUGUCACAAGAGUUUAAAACGGAGACUUCCAAGAAGUGAAUAACAGUGGCCGAUGAGUUUGAAACGAGUUACUGAAACUUCUGUGAAAGCUUAGGUCGAAUUCAAUUCCGAAAAGUUGUUGGACUGGAUCAUAGAGUCAGUUUUCAGAAAGUGAGGCUUAGAGGGAACUAGUUAAUCCAAUUUGAUUCUAAAAAGUUUUCAUCCUCUGUUGAUAGUUUGUGAGUGAACUAUGAACCAAGAUCUGAUUCUUUGAGGAACGCUAGGCAAGAUUCUACUAUAACUUGUCGAGACUCUAAGCGAGAUAGAAUUCAAUAAAUUGUAAUGUGGACCGAGGAACAUUUCACUAAGCCAGUUUGUGAAAGUUUAAGUGAAGAUGUAUAUUAUAGGAAAAAGCAAAGUGAAAAAUUGUUGAGAUUACAUAGUGUAGAUUGUUGUAGGUUCUAACGAAUUCAGUGAAGUGUAACAAGAACACUUUUACAGGUGCUACAAAGUGAGGCAACAAAUAAACGUUACUCGAACUCGGAACAGGUUAACUGUGAGUAUGUUCAAGUAUUGUAGCUACGGAGAAUUGUAAAAAGGGACUUUCGAGGAUUAAAAUUUCUUCCAAAAGUGGUUCGGACGAGACACGUUAAAGGAGAACUGACAUCAAGCUAGUAUAGAAUUAUAACAAGAGGAUUAGCAGAAGAGCUUCCUCCCAAAGCUUUAAUUUUGUCGACGCACGUAUCUUCCAUUCGAGAAUCGAUCAAGAACAUCGCCUACUUAAGAAAUUAGUUUCUUGCCAUUUUUAAAAAUACAGAGAAUCGGUAUUUCGUUCUAAUUUCGAUUAUCAGAAUUAAGCACGUUGGAAAGUUCUGAUUAGAUCGUUCUUGACUAAAAGUUUUAUCUCAAUUCUCCUCAUUUCAAUGAAUAAAAGAAAAAUUUAAUCAAUGAAAAACUUUUGCUCAUUACCGCAGAUGACAAUGAUAUAUUACGGUUGAAUAAAAAAUGCGUUUCUCUGAUGAGUUUUGUAGACUUUCUGGAAAAUGAGAAUCUAUUCAAACGAACGUAGUAUAGAGAAUGAGAACGUAAAUAUAUAGACGGUUGAGUGGCGCUUAUGGAACGGAAGCCGAGUAAUGAAACAUUAAUCCUGAAUUAAAUUGCUCUAAAGUCGGCUGUUUCAUUUUAGUUGAUGCCUUGAUAACGGGGGAACAAAAGCGCUUUGCCUAUUCGACACAAAAAAUAAGCUGAUAAUUGAAUUGCUGUUAAGUGCACUUGAGAGAUUCUAUUUCCUCUUUUCAUUUCCGUCUGAUCUUGUUGAGAAUUAUCAUUAGAUUUUGAUUUCUAUUCGCUUAUCUUAAGAUAAUAUAUAUUGUUAUGUAGUUAUAACGAGCGAAUGAGCAAAUACAGCAAUAACAAACAUUUCACCGAUGUAUCCAUUUAGGAUUAAGAUUAACGUAACGAGAAGAAUCAUGUGUAAAAGCAGUGGAGUCCAAGAAAUGAUUCGAUAAUUAACCAAAAUUCUGAUUUUAAAUACUCCUUUGAUCGAUCUACGAAAUUCAUUUGAUCUUAUCUAAUAAAAAUACUUUUAACAUGUCGUUUUCAUUCGCAAUUUUAAUUAAAGAUUUUUCAAAUCAUCCGAAUUCUGAAAGUCUGUACUCCACUGCCUUUCAAAAAAUCAACGGAGGACAAUCACUAAACAAAGUGAAACAGAUUUAACAUUCCAAUAAUGAACAAACGCGAGACAAAGGUUGUGAAUACAGAAUUUUACUUAAAAACCAAGACAUCCUGUUGCGAACAAUGAUCACGUUGAUGAACGCAGCUUGCAGCUACUAUAAACUGCGUAAAAGCUUGUAUCGAUCCCAUUCCCUCUGCUAUAUCUCGAAAAACUGAAACUGUGCAGGCGCUUGCAAGAUCAAAUUCGUAUCGUGAAACAAAUAAAAAAAGAAUUGGACCCGGAGAAAAGGAAGCUAGCAAUCUAUCCAAGAAUCGGUAAGCACAUAAAUAAAAAAUGAAAUAUUUAGUAAAUAAUAAUUAUUAAAAUAAAUGAGUAUUAAAUAGUUAAGAAUGUUAUCCAAUUUCAUCUACAAAAAUGUAAUAUUGAAUACGAUGCCAAGCAUCUGCAAGCGUUUUCCUUUGACAAUUAAUUAUCUGCGAGAUUCAGAACAAAGAUGAAUUGUCUCAUCCUUUAAGAUUAAAAUAAUAAGCUCGUUCAAUUUCUGGACCGAUCUGUCACCAAGGCUCCCUUUUCUCCGGUAAAGUUUCUGAUAAAAACAACCGCGGUGGUUCGGGGAAUUAACUUAAUCGAAGCAGCGCGGACAAGUUGGGAGAUUGGGGUAGUCGAUACCAGAAGCGGAAGCCAUGUACUCGCGGCUUCGAAAAGCAGAAAGGAAGAGUGGCCUGUGACCGGGCGAAAUAACGACGUCGUCGAUCGGAGCGGAGCGAGGGACACAAAAGGGACCUUCACGAGAAUUUUCUGCCGCGCUUCGCCAGAUUGCACCGAAGUGUAGCUCGUGACCAACGAUAAAACCGCAAAUGGAACGUAGCCUUCGCUGUUCUAAUUUUCCAAUUCAUUGAAACACGUGUUUAAACACGAAUUUAAAUUGAAUUCCUAAGGAAAGUGAUCCUUGUCAAUUGUAACAUUCUAUGCUUAAUACAUUUCAAGCAUCGUAUACAAGUGUGCAAUUAUUAUUUUUUAAAAUUGCAUUUAAUUAAAAAACGAAGCAAGCAGCUUUGACGAUUUCACUUUCCUCGCAAGCUUGUACAGAAAUACUUGUUGAGAACUAUUACUGUUAAGAAGCUGUUCCGAAUGAAAUUGAAUAAAAAUAGUACGCGUGGGCGUGACCGAGUGAAUGAGAAACGUGGGUGAAAAUUGUGUGGCGAGAGAGGCUCAGACAGGAACCAGUGGUUACGUGCGAGCGUUAAUCUUCGAGAGAGAAAGAGCAGUGGGGAUACCUGAGAGAUUCACGUGAAGAUUGUGAGAGCAGAACCCCCGGAACCAGGAAAUCCCUACCACUAAUCCCGAACUCGAUUGCAAUUGCGAAUGGGAGACCUCGUUCCUCCCAUCAUUGCGAUUCGAUAUUUAUCGAAAAUGUUCGCUGAAACUGCUAACGCUUUACCGAACUGCUUGUUAACGAGCGUAUUCAUUCUUGUAAGGAAUUAAUCAAGCAUCGAAAUUAAUUUGGAACUGAUUAUUCAUUCCAUAAUUAAAUAGGAUUUUCAAUUUCCAAUUUUGUUUACAAAUAGAUAACGCGCUAUCAGCAAUUUAAAUAAAUAAAUAAAUAAAUUCUAUUAUUAUAAUGCAAAUAUUAAAAUGCUUCAUAUAAAAAGUACAUAAUUCCAGCUUUAAAAGAGAAAUGUCACAAUUUUAAGAAUUUCCUAUGGUCGUUUGGAGUGCACAGUUUCAAUUCCGAAAUGCAAUUAACAAUUAUAUCACUGUAGCAGCGAUGAGUGGAGAAAGAUGAAUAAAUGGUGAAUCGCAAAUUGUACUAGGGCAGGGAGGAUUCGUUAAACGGCUCAUCAGAGGGUUGAAAUUAAUCACCGCAAGAAUUACGCGAGAAUGGAAUGAUUAACGCGGUCACGCUGUAAAUAAAUAACAGAGGUAACCCGUCCUAGCGUUGAAAUUUCAGCUCAGCUUUUGAUCUCGAAUAAAAACCAGGAAGAGGAGAUGAAACAAGUGUCAUCGUGAAUAAUGAGAAUUAAAAUACUGAACGGAAAAUUGAUAAUUACAUAAAACAAAGAAACGAAGGCGGUAUGGUAGAUGAAAUGAUUAUUAAAAUACUGCAAUCAAGAAAACAAAAGUCGAGAUAAUGGUUCAAGAGGAAAUAUAAUAAUUCAGGAGAUGAAAGACAAGAAAUUAGGAGAGGAAAAAAAGAAAGUGUGCUUUGGAGAAAGAGAAGAAAGGUGAAAGGUGAACCAACAAAAAAUUAUCGGAAAUGAAGAUAGAAAAACAAAUUGCAUAGACGUGCUCUUUUAAACUACAAAAAACAACUAAAAAUUCUAAUGUAUAUUUUUUAAAAACAGUAGAUGAAUUAUAAAAAACUAAAUUAUCUGCGACUCCGGCAUUGUGCUAGUAACAUAAUUACGCGCGACAUGGCAAAUUAUUCCCAGAUAUUUAAAAACUUACAAAGGUUUCACAUUAAAUCUCUCUCAAGAAAGAAAUGAUAUUCUUUUUAAAAAAUAACUGUUUUUAAUUCACGUCUAGCCGCGAGCUAUGAAGAUGUUUAUCCCAUUAAAAUAAUGUUCGUAAAUAAAUAACUUUAAAAAGUAAUUUGUUGAUCGCAUAACUCGUAAGUAUACAUAGAUUAAUGUUUAUAAAUAUACUUCGGGGAUUUUGCAAUUUCGAAUUAGGCUGCUAAAAAUUGACUGGCGCAUCCGUGAUUCAAAGCGGGAUGAUGAAAUCCAACAGGCUCAGUCUGCAGUGAUUAAUACACGCAUACAAACUUUAAUCGCGCAAAGUAAAUACGCGUGAAGCGUGACGUUUGAAAAUAAAUAUUAAUUUUUCCAUUAUCCCGCCGGCGUGUUUAAUUAAAUGUAAAUAUUAAAGUUUGUGAAACAGCGCGUUCACAAAAUCAUCGGAUGUAACAGUUCACGCGAGUUUCAUCCAGCAAAUAUUUUUAAAUGUCAAAUAUACCUGUGUUCGACGUACAUAAAACAGCUGAGAUAUAAAAGAGGAUCUUCAAUGAAGAAUGUUAAUUAAGUAUACAAUGUGACUUGGCAACUCUUUAAACAUGUUGACGAUCACUUUGCAAAUUUGAUCCGAUGUUUAAACUUCGUUCCAGCAGAGCUCUGUAGGAUUUAUAUCCCGGAACAAACAGAUGGAAGCACUAUUAAAUAUUAGAAAUUGCCCGAAUAAAGAGAAGAUGUAGAAAUUAGAGUCCCGAGGGGGGUGAAGCGAAUUUCUCGUUCAACUACUCCAACAGCGAUUACUACAUUUAACGAGGAUAUUGUAAAGCUGCACUUUAAGAUUCAACAAUAAAAAAAAAAAAAAGGGAACUCCAAAAGAUGAAAAAGAGCGACAAGACCGACUCUUUCGAACUUCCACAGAAUAAAAUUAAUUGAACUUUAUCGAAUUAAGAUGAUUCUACAGAAUUAAACGAAUCUUAUAAAUGGAACUUGACUAUUAAUUUUAGAUACGCUCUCGCAAAACGAUUUAAAUAACUAAAUAGCGGACCUAGUUCAAAGAAGCACGUAGAGCCAGAUAAGCCAUGGAAUAAUGGAAGCUCUUAGCUUAAUCCCUUGUGGACAUAAUGCUUUUGCAAUUGUUUGACGAAUAUCCAACAGCUAUCCAUAGUAAUAAGUAAGUAAUCGAUUUAAGUACCAGUAGAUUGGUCAAACGCAAACUUCAUUUCUUUGAUAGAAUUCCAUUUCCCUGUCAAAUAUGACUUUUUCUUAAACAGAAUUUCAUCAAAUAAUUUAAGCAACGUCGCUCGCACUUAAAUUCUCAAAUCACUUACAAAACUAUUUCAUCUGACUAUAAGAAUUUAUAAAACCGCAUAAGGUUCGUCGGAAUUUUGUCUCGACGAUUUACAUGAAUGAUGGAAAUGAAACAAACCUCAGUCGUAGGGACAAGGCAUAAAUAAAAAUUCGCGUGGGAGCGAAAGCCGGCGAUUGAUCGGGUGAAACAGGUAAAAUCCCCGAAGAAACGCGAGGGAAGACAGUACGCUUACACGUUAGUAGAGGCGAGGUUCUAACGAAUAAUGACGAGCGACUAGCGUUACUUCGCCCGAUGUAUCUAGUGUACAUACAUAAAACACGCGAACUAGUUGAUUCACAACCGACGUUAAAAGCUUGUAAAUAGACGCUAACCGUUCCGCCACGAAAACGAGGGCCGUAUUAGAAUCAGAAAUUGUUUUUGCUAAAUGUUCUGCGAUUUUUCAAACUAUAUUCGACUCUGAAUAAUCGUGAUGAUCGCCAAUGAUCAUUAAUAAAUCCCAGUGCGAUGUUAUUGUUCACGACGAGAAACAAUUAAUUGUUGCAUAGUAUUUAAGGGAAUGCGUGAUCGCGUCUUGGUUGUUGAUUUUGUUAAUAAAGAUGGAUAAUGUAUAUAGUGAUGUUUGUUUUAUGAAGGAAUGUAACGCGGAAAAAAGGCGAGGGAACUAGAGAAGAAUUUAUGUGCCAAAGGUGUCUCCCUUAGGUGUUAAGCACUACAUUACGGUUUAUUACCUUAUAAAACCAUGACGUUCUUUAGAGGGACACCUUUUUUUAUUAAACUGGCUGGAACGAAAGAUCACUGGCGUUGGCCUCAUACAAUUAUCUCCCGAAAUUCCUCUCUCAUAUCUCCAAGACAAUUUUCUUUUCAUACUAAUUCAUUCAUACAGUCAUUUAAAAAAAAUUCUGAUGUAAAAAGAAUAUUUCAUCAGUUUCACAAAUUAACAAUAAAUCUUCCUACAAAACGGCUGCGCUAAAAUUUUUAUUAUCGAUUUUCAGCUAAAGAAAAACAGUCAUCUAGAAAGGAAAUAUUAUGGUUAUUCGACCAUUGGUUAAACGACCUGCAAUUAUCUCAAAGUGUGUGUACGUUCCGCGAUCCUUUAUCAAAGCCUCGAUCAAUUUCUUCAUAAUAACCGACCGUUGAACGUAAUUAUUGUUAUCGGUCACGCUUUGUGUUAAACUGAAAUGUUUUCUGUGAAAGCGAUCUUUCGGAUCGAUAGAUGGAUACGCGUGUCACGAGAUUAACUUCGAUCCUCUGAUAUUCAUUAAGAUUAAUUUAAAACUCCUAAUAAUAUUUCUAUUCAGUUAAAAGAAAUACUGAUCGAUUAUUCUGUGUAAAAAUUUAUCAAAGGUAGUAAAUAAUAUGCGAACAGACUAUCGACCAGUUUUAUAAAUCAAGAAUUAAUACGUUCCAUGAAGUUAAAAGGAUUUAGCUCAAAUAAAGGAUAGAUUACCUUAAAAAGAAAAAGGGAAGGACGUGAUAUUUCGCAUUGUACCGUUAAUAUGCGAGAAUCAAUUCGCAUUAGACGAUGAAGGGGAAAGUAAGUCGGUCGAAUGUAGCUCUGGAUGCGGGAUAUUCAACUUGGUUGGAUGAUCACUAGAAUCUAUCCUUAGCAUUGAUUACUUACGAAUUUCCCUUCAGCGCGACGCGACGCAGCAACAGGGAAGAAGUAGAAACGGAUUUUUAAUCAACGGUCUAUAUUCCUACUCGCACGUUCGCCUUGAAUCAUUGAAAAUGUGGAUACAACUUCAAAGUCCUUAUCUCGGAUCUUUUAAAAUCAUCAAAUAAAUGUUUGAGCAGGAUUGAAACAUGAGAAAAGAUCAAAAACUUGAAAGACGUUUAGUCAUUUAAUACUAAACAUACCAUCCACGAUUCAAAUUACACUUCCUAAAUUCUUCUAUACAUAAUAAAAGUGUUAAAACUGUUAAAAGCUUAAAAUGAAUUUGUAGUCUGCAAAAAGUGAAGACAUAUUUGUUGAGACCGAUACAGCAAAUUAUUCAUUCAAGUAUCACUACACAGAAAAUGAAACUUCUCCUGUAUUCAAUAUUAACGAUUUAUUUUGUAUGUACUUAUAUGCGAUUCUUUACUAAUUCCAAAAAUCUAAACUAUGUAAGUUCAUCGACACAUGUCUCAUUUAAUCAGGCACAAUCUUCCCGGAAAUGAACAGCACACGGUCGUACAGACACAGUGGAAUGAAAAGUCCAAAGCAUACUUGUUGUUGGAAAGGAAACGAAGGUACACAAAGAGUUCGACUGGAAUCGUUUUGUGAGCCUCGGAUGAAUCCAUGGAGAGAUACGCCCCUCGAGACAGACUGCGUCGCGUCGAUUCAUCAGUGAUUUUGCGUAAAAAAAAAAAGAACAUCUUCACACUAACCCACUACAGUUCCAUCAGCGAAAUUACGGAGUCGGAAAGGAUCAAAUGAACAACCUAUCGUGAACGAGACAUUCUAAUCUCGUGACUUCAAUGCUUGGAUGUAUGUACGUAUGUAUGUAUGUAUGUGUGGAAUGAUUUCACUCCGUGAAUAUUAAAUAAUCCAGAGAAAUAUACAGAUUGUUGUUGAACGGAGUUAAAUGGAUUUUUUAUUAACCAUGAAUAAUAUAUCUGAUUUGAUUAUGCUAUUAGAUUGUACAUAAUACAUUAAAAUUGUACAUAUUAUACUGUUGUGUCAUUUGAUUCACGAUUUUCAUAAAUGAAUUGGAAAAUGGUUACAAGUUUUCACAAUAAGAUGUUCAAGCAAAUGGCAAGAUGUUUGGUUUUGAUGUUCAUUCAUUAAACUGAAGAAUGUGAUUCAAUAACCAACUUCAGAAACAAAACAGAAGUUGCUUGUUGAUGAACGAUAAAAUAUGCAGGAACGAAACAGGGUAGAUAAACGAAGGAAAAGUUGAAAUUAGUAGAGAAUCGCGUGGCUGUUAACACGGGAGCUAUGCUUUUAUGAAGCCCGAGAUCAAUCGGAGGGAAAUCUCAAUAGCGAAGAUAAAUGAGAUGAAGGAAAAUUGGAGUAACACGGUACAACGAUGUUAUGUACAUAGUUCGCACUUCAGAGAAUGAAGUACACAAGAAACUCCAAGUCAAUGUGGCUUAAAUGAGAAAAUGACAGGCAACUAAAAGGCAUUCAAAAUUAUUUUUUAAAAUUCUAUUUUUGGGACUCGUUUCCAGUUCCUAACAAAAUAUUGAUCCUCAAAAAUAUGUGGAUAUACCUGUUAUUUUUUAUAAUAUAUGUUUAUAUCAAUAAUGUUUAAUGUUAAUCAAUGUUUAUCAUCAAACGUGGUGUAAUGUAAUAGUAUUACCUAAUAUCAUCAAAUUGAUUUAAUUAGUGAAUAAAUUAUGAUAAUUAAGACACAGUAUACAUAAUUACUUAUUAUUACUAAAU